AUGUCGCUGUUCAAAGCGAGAGAUUGGUGGGCCACCUAUGCAGGAAGCGACGAAGAAUUCGAUCUUGGAUGCUUGUGUGUGGCAAAUAUCGACAAUAACGGCUUGCAGUUGGGUAAGUCUUCGAGAUGUUUUGCUUUCUUUAAAAUCUGUAAGGCAUCGGCCAGGUAUUCGUGUGAUGUUUAAUGUGGUUGUCAUUAUGAAAGAAGGUAAAUUAGUCUGUGGAAGCUUUAUUGCCAUCCCUAGGCUACAAAAUAAUCAGUUUUAGGGUUGCUAUAUUUUUGUUUUAGAAACUCUCUUAAAUCAACGAUUUUCAAAGUACGUGUUCAUUGCGGAACAGUUGAAGAUGACCUAUAUGUGAUUAUCACUUAGGUUACCUAUCAACUCAAGCCAUGUUUUUUUAGGCUCGUUGCUAACGGCACCAAUCGCUAUGUUUAUGUAAGUAUCGGCGUAGAUUGUGGAUCGUUAAAAACGAAAAUACGUUAUUUCUUAACAAACCAAAAUUCUAUAUGGAAGAAAUCUGAUUAUGCUCUUAGAGGUGCAUUGUUGAAUUCUCAUAUUUCUGUUGUCGUCUUUUAUACACACUUUUAGUGCCCAAGCUUAAUUUAUAUAGAAUUGUUAAAGAGAUCAUGUGUAUAUUUUGAGCUUAAAUAUCUUGUACCUGACUUUGUUUUGGUGGGAAAUUUUUUAACAAAAAUUUGUUGGAGAACUGUGGAUAGACUGUGGCAGAAAAUCAGUUUACAUUUUGUGCCUCAAGACAAUACCAUGUUAAGUGGAAAGAGUAUAACAGAGGCAUUAAUUCACUUGACAGUUAUAAGUAGAUGUGUUCAUUGAACAUUGUCAAUAUUCUCUAGCAGCUGGGUUUUCACCAGCUACUUGUUUCUGUGUGACUUUGAUGAGACAAAGCAAGCAACCCUGUCUUGAUCUGAAGUAAAUGAAACCUUUUCUUUACUUUUUGUACAUAAACAAAAAGAUUGAUGGAAAGACUGAAAAGAAAACAAUAGGUGAUUGGAAGUGGAAUAGAUGCAAGCAGAAUUUAUGCUCCUGCUAUUUUGACACUCACUUGUUUGUAGCAAGCUACUGUUUAAAAACUCUCUGGAGAAAACUCCAUAGUAGGGAGAAAAAAAAUUAUGUGAUAGAAAACCUUGACAAUGACACAGUGUUAUUGACUGGUCAUCACUCUUUUUUAUGUGAAAAGAGAAAGAAGCUGUUGGAAGAGUUGGUCCAGCUGUUGUUCCAGUGUUAAUGUUGUGGAAGUAGUAUUGCAAUUCCAUCUCUGUCAUUUUUUGUCUGUUAUGUUUCUAUAAGAAAGUAAACAUGUACUUGGCUGUUGUAUCGUUGACCCUUUGAAAGAUGUGUAAGAGUGGCUUGAGGCGUAGCUGAGAGCAACUCUGGCCUCUUGAGUGCUCUCCAAACUUCCCAAGUGCUUCAUAUCUUGAUGAACGCACAGCUGACAUGUGAACCAAUUGUUUUAUAACAUUUUCAAAUUUUUUUCUCAAGGGAUUUGUUUGCUGACGUCAUGAACGUGCACAAUAGGAAUAUGAAGCAUGCUCAGGCAAUUGAAUUUGAUUAGACAAAUUUACUAGCUAUAUUAUAACUUAAUUUGUUUAAGGUUUGUGGUUAUGUAUCUGAAACCAAGGGAAAAAAACAAGUCAAUUAAAAUUUUUACUUAAAGUUUGUUAUUAAUCAUGACCAUUACAAUUUUGUCAACUAUGAUUGGUGCACUAACAGUGUUUUUUUCCACUAAUUAUUUUAAGAGUUAUAAGCAGACAGUGUAAUCAGACAGUUGGCUGUAAUUUGACACCUGAAGCAGCCAAUCAUACUAAGUCCACUCAGAUAAAUCCACCCAUCUCAGAAUCGAUCACAAUAACCACAGCAACAACCACUUAUCCUUAAAAAGAAAAAAAACUGGGGAAUCUCCUAAAUAGAGGAAGUUUUAACUUUACACAUUGUCUCCUUUGGGGAUAUUUGUUCUAGAUGUAUUUUUUUUUCCAGAAAUUGUAAAGGUUAUGAUUGAUUGUAAAAGGUCUUCAUGUCAUCCAGUUCUGUCUGCAAUCAUACUCAUUAUUAACAGAUCGGAUUCCUGCUUUGCAGUUGUCCAUUAGUUUGUUAGUUGCUCUUAUGAUUGCAGACUGAACUGGACUCCACUUAAUCCUAUUACCAUUACAAAUUCAAAGACAGUUGUUGUAGAAGAACCAAGUAAAAGUAAAUGAUUAAGUGUUCAUGUGUGUAUUUUUCAGAUAAAAUUAUAGUUGGUAGUUUUCAUGGAAUCCUCAGAAUUUAUUGUCCCAAGCCGCCUCAUUUUAAACCAGAUAAUCUUAUGUUGGAAGUACAGCUACAACAGCCAAUUUUGCAAGUGGAAGCUGGCAAAUUUGUUUCGUAAGUCGAUGGAAUAAUAAUUGCAAAUGUUUUACAACUUUCAUGCUAACAAAUCCCACUAAAUACAGUGUAAGCUACGUGUGUUAAAAAUAGCAAUGUUUCAUUGAUUUCUAUUCAGAGGGGUUGAUCAGUUACACUUAGCUGUUCUUCAUCCAAGAAAACUUGCUGUUUAUAGCGUGUCAGGUAAGCCAGUGGUAUCAUAUUUAUUUUCCUGAUUAUGAUUGUUUAUUCUUUUGAAGUUUGUUUACCAGCUGAAUGAUUUAUGCUCAGUCAGUUGUCAUUCAAUACACCUUCUCUACCAUUAAGUUGCCGCAUGAAACCAACAAAACCUGUGAAUGAGAUGGUUGACACACUGGUCCAAUUUAUUUAUUAGCUGGUUUAAGUCUUAAUUCAAUCUAUAUGUACAUGAUUACAGUAACCAUAAAUGAAUAAAGGGUGUAUGUUUUGAAAGGAACUGUGGUGCUGCAUUAGUGGGAGAGUAUAACAAGCUUUCAUUGGUAUUAUCAUCUGAGUUGAUAACAUAAAUUGGCCACCAUGGAGACUUUCAAGGCUGAUGCUAUGAGCAUUAGCCCCUCAUCAGAGCAAUGACAAAGGGCUAUUGCUUGAAAUGUCAGCUUUGAAACUCUUAAGGGUGGCUAAUUUAUGUUUUUAAUUCAGGUGAUAACAUCAAAGUACCUUGUCAUUAAUUUAUUAUCAUAGUUACCCAAAACACAGAAAUUAGAAUUGAAUUUGAACAGAGGAUAACAUUAAACCACAACUGAAACAUGUAAAUGAUUUUGUAUACUGUUGAAAGGUGGGUAUUUGUUGUUUCAGUUUAUAGCUUACAACAUUUUUCCUUUUUAGUUGUUUCAGGAGCUGUAGAACAUGGAAAUCACUACACACUUAAGAUGAUGUAUGAACAUAUUUUGGAAAGAACAGCGUAUAAUAUGACAUAUGGCCCUUUUGGAAGUGUCAAAAGUAUGCCAAUUUCAUCGUAUUUAAAAAAUUAUCAUUGCGUACUGUGAAGUUAGGUUGUUGCAUUUUCUACUGUUGUUUUUUUCCAAGCACUCUCUAUAACUAACACAGAUGUUGGUCAUGUGAAAACAUGUCUUCCAAGUAGGAGGACUUUGUUGUCUUUAUGAAAAUUGCAAAAGUAAAGGAUAUAAUGAAGUAUAUAUCCUUUGACUGUAUUGAAACCAUGUUAUUAGGUGUAAAUUUUUUCUGUAACAAGAAGGCAGUGCUUUGAAAUUUGAUAAAUAUAUAGUACCACUCAAAAGUAAGUUGACAGUCCUUCAAUCCUCAAUCCUCGAUCCUUGAUUCCCAGUCCUUCCUCCUCGAUUCUCAAUUCUCAAUAGUUUCGAGUAUUGAGGAUGGAUUUUUGAGUUGAGACUGUCAAUUUAUUUUUGGGCAGUUGGUGGCGUUUAAAAAAUUUCUGAAGGUAAUUUGCAUAAUAAUUGAGACAGAAUAUGCAGUUAUGUGUAGGUUGUCUCUCUCAGUUUAUAGUAUUUCUGUGUGUUGAUUUCUUUGGUUGGUCUUUUUUCAGACAAGGACUUCAUAUGUAUCCAGUCCAUGGAUGGAAUGUUGUCAUUCUUUGAACAAGAGAGUUUUGCCUUUGGGAGAUUUCUCCCAGGUUUUCUUUUACCUGGUCCUCUGAGUUAUGUGCCAAAGACAGAUUCAUUUGUAACCUGUAGCUCAUCAAGGCUGAUUGAAUCUUACAAGUAAGACUUUUUCCUGAAGCAGUUCUUAUUUAGACUAGAUUUUUGCCUUGGUUUGACCUUUACUGUAACUCCCAAAAUGUUAUUGUCAAUUCUCCCCUUCAGCUGCUCCACAUUUCCUUGUAAAUUAGUUACAAGAAAUUGGUGUUAAAUCAAGAUGACAAUUUCUACCUGAUAAGUUUGAGUAUUCUCAUUACAUGUAUGCUGGAUGGUUUAUGGAUAUUUUGAGGAGAAGUAACAUGUUAAUCACUUCUGGGAGUGAAAGUGUUAAGAGCUGGCAAUGAUUUCUUGAGAACUUACCCAUAUGUACACAAACUUGCUGUUUAUUGAAACCCAAUGUUAAUUUUUUUUCUUAUUUUUCUGUUCUCUUGUGUUGUAAAGUUGAACUUCUUUUCCUGUGGAAUUUAUUUCAUAAGCUUAGAAGGUCCACAGCUCUCUUGAGAUGUAGAUAUUAAAAUACACAGCUUAAAACAAAUUUGUUGAUGACUGUGGAUAUAUGAAAAUCAUAUUUGUGAAUUUUUUUUUUUUUUUAUGAAAUGAAUAUGAAAGCGAUCUCUGCAGUGCAGUGCUCUAUUAAGUUUAGUAAGAACCAACACAAUGACCAGCUCCCAGUGGCUUGUUAGCUGACAGUAGAGUACUGCACCAGUAUCAUAGAGGUGACACAUUUUUAAUCCUGUGCAGGCCUUAUUUUCCCCACUGCUUAAGCAGUGUUCAUUACUAUGAAGAUGGCUUUCAUAUUCAUGAAUGUGUUGUGUGGAGCCUAGAAUGCUUUUUAUUUUGAUUAGUUUAUUUCGAAAAUUAGAGUGGUGUCUGAUUGUGAACCAUCAGCUGUCUGAAUUGAUUCAAGAAAAGUGUCUGGAAAAAGCACCACUGCAGCUUCAUUUAUUACAAACAUUAUAGCUGGCAGGACCCAUGGGUGAUAUAAAGUAUAUCUUUCAUUCUGAUUUGCUAGCCCAAGGCAAGAAGAUGGGUCCAUCUUGCCAGCUCAGGAUUGACAAAAGAACUCUGCCAAUAUCCAGCCCAUACUGCUUGGUCAAUACCACAUAUGUACUGAACAUUUUUGCUGUUUAUUUCACAGAUACCAGACUCUUGCUGUCGCAACAGAUGCGAACACAAAAGAAGAUAUUGGAAAUAAAAAAGUUUCAGGAAAGAAGUUAACUGUAAGUCUCCACGAGAUGCAAAAGCUGCAUAUAUACUUGUACAUUAUAACUUUAAAUAGUGCCAGGUAUUUUGUGUAGUGCUGCCAUCUGUAUCAUUCCUAACAAAUUUGUGAAUGUAAGUCAGAAAUUAAGAAUAUGCAGCAAACCUCCUCAUACAAUAUCAUACUUUCUUUUGAAUUUUUACCGUGUCAAUUUGCCAUCAUGUAGCAUUUAUUGACACAAAUUAUGAUAUUUUUUGACGUUUUAAAUCACAAUUUUUGCAUUACCAGCCAUUUGCUCAGUUGCAUGUUUCUACAUGUUGAAUGAGAUGCCACAGAAUAGUUACAUGUAGGAUAGCUUUUAAACAAGUACUUCAGGUUGCCUGAGUUCCAAUGAGGUUUAUUUUGCAGAUCGACUGGUCAUCAAAUAUUGGUGAAAGUGCAAUAGACAUAGUUGUUUUCACCAGUGCAAAUGCACCACUAUCAAUUUAUGUUUUAGGUAAGAGAUAUAAAGUUGUAAUGGUAAUAAUAAUGAUAUCAGAUAUAGUUUUUAUUAAUUUAUUAUUACCAUUAUUGUUAAUAUUAUUAGCAUUAUAUUGAUUUUAUGCACCAAUCAAUUUGAAGUUUCAACUUCCGUCACCCUCCCCUGGGCAACACCACCAGGUAAUCUCCCCAAAGGCAUUUGAACUUUUGAAGAUGGAUUUAUUUAAAUUCCCACCCCAUGUGGCAAAAAUUGUGUUCAAAUGACCAACCCAAUUUUCUUCUAAAAGGCAAAGACUUUCUUCAAAGAGACCAAGCUUCAAUAUCUAGACCUUGCAUGAAUCUUUUCUUCUGAGGUACUUGCGAACAAAAGUGAACUGUUUACCUCAAACACCUCCAUAUUUAAAUAUUUGACACUUGUGUUUGGCUGGAAAGACUUGACAUUUCCUGUUCAAAUUCCUUGCCCCAGCUGCGUAAGGUUCAAAUUCUCUACUCCCUAGGCACAGACAAUGGUCAAAUUCCCGUGGAUUGUGGGAAGGGAUGUUGGAACUUCUAACAACUGGUACAUUAAAACUGUCACCUGUCUUGAAUUAAUUUGAUUUAUUAUUGUCAAAUUUUUGAAACUACAAGAUGAAAGGUUGGAUAUGUUGUGGUUCAAAAUAUUAUUUUUUAUCGGUUUAAAAAUUCAAAACCAUGAUUAUUUUUUCCCAAGGUUCCUUGAGGUUUUGAUAAUUGAUUAACGGAUCUAAGAUAAAGGAAAAUCAAAAUUAAAUUCAGGAUUGAAAAUUGUUAAACCAAGGCAAAUUCUAAACACAACUUACAUGGUACAGUGUACAUGAAAACUUAAAUUUAUUUUGUUUUGUCUCUAGGUGAACGCUCAUUGUUUUGUCUUAAUGAGAAUGGAUCAGUUAGAUUCAUGAAAAAAUUUGAAUAUAAUCCAAGUUGUUUCAUUCCGUACAAUUCAGGUAAGGAAAUAUUGUUAAAUUUCCUAUUAAAGAUAGUUUUAGCCUAGACUAAACCCAGCAUCAUACCAGCCACAAAGUAUUUUCUCACAAGCAUUUAACAAUUUUUCAUUGAAUAAUGGUUUUACAACAAUUCUUAAUGAUUGAUGCGUUGUCCUUACACUGGUUACUUCCUUGAUUUUUGUUUUUUAGUACAGUAGUUCUAAUUCCAAGAUUAAGAUAAACUAGAGUAGUCCGCUCUUUUUACCAAUUUUCUGAAAGGUACUGCAGCUUAUCUCAGUCUCCAUAAAGAGAUGCAAUGAGGAUUGUUGCUAUGCAGCUAGUCCAGUACAGGUUACCCUUAAUCCUUUAACUAACUUGGGUGACCAAAACAGAAUUUCUCCUUACAAUACCACUACAAUAUCAUGCAGACAGGUAUUGAGAAUCAAGGAAAAUGUAAAUUGGGGGAUUGUUGGUUGAUCCAAUAUUAAAUUCUCCAAACUGAGAUCUUAAGAAUAGUAUGAAAGAACGUAAGGAAAAUUAGUUAAUUUAUGACAAAGAGUUAAACUUCUUGUUAGGCCUCCUGAAAGUUCACCGGGACUCAUUUAUUCUCCAAAAUGGACACAGGCACUGUGAUAGUUUACACGUGCGUGUCUUGCCUAAGAAUAAAAGAAUGACCAUGGUUUUAUAAAGAAUUCUUCCACAAGCUCGCGUUGGAUAUAAGAUGAUAGAUAGCUAUAAUCAUCUCGUAUCAAACGGGCGUGAGUGGAAUAAUUGUUUUAUUGAAAACGCGCCAAAAUAUAGAUGAAUCUUCCCAACUCCAUUUUGUAAGAACAAAUGGAAUGUUACAAUUUACAAAAACGCUUCCGUUUUAACUCUUAUUCAUGCGUGCACAUGCUAUAACGGCUCGUAAUCCACGAACGCCAAGCCAAUGAAAACUCUCGAAUUGCAUUAUCCAAUGGUCCAGUUCUUAAUGGAAUAUAUUAUUUUGACCAUCAAUCAUUCCUUCUCUAACCUGCUUUUCAGUGGUGGAAGGGACAGUUAAUGCUCUGGUAGCCACUUACAACAAGACGCUGAUGAUAUACCAAGACGUUACACUUUCGUGGGCGGCGCAACUACCCCACAUUCCUGUUGCUCUUAAAGUAGCUUCAUUUCAGUAAGUUGAUGGAAAGAUUAAGGUGAAAAAAAAAACUGAGGCUACUUCAUGUUGGUGUUUUGCUGAAACUAACUGUAUUAAAAAAGACAUUGCUUUUCAUAGGUUUGUGUAAAGUCUUAAAAAAAUACCAUGGGAAAAAAUAUACCAUAGGCAAAGAAUCUAUUAGUAUUUUGAGAAGCUCCUUUUGUCAACAGAGAGUUUCUAUUUAAAAAAUGUCGCAGGGGUCUGGUCUGGUUCUUGUUAAGAAGGUCACAAGUACACAGAGCAGAACUCUUCUUGUAUCGCACUCACUUGACUCGUAACGUACGCAACAAUCGACAUCUGUUCACGCGCCCGCUUGUGAAGUAUUCUGUGAGAUCUCCAGGUUUUGAUAGCCACUUAAAGUCGGGACGGGUAAGAAUCAAUCAGUGGGUUGGGUGCGAAACUUCCGUGGGUGCGAAACGUCCGUGGGUACGAAACGUCCGUGGGUACGAAACGUCCGUGGGUACGAAACGACUGGAUACCUAAUAAGUUACGAAACUGUUCUCCGCAGUGAAUAAAAAGAAAGUUUUACCCCUAUGGAUAUUAAGGCAGAGAGAUUUUGUGUCAGCGGAAGAAUUUUCCUGAUCUUGGAUACCAAAUGAGCUUUCGGUUGAGACAAAUACAAAUGGAAAUUUCUGUGAUCCAAUUUUACGGUGAGAAAAUUCUGUUACAGUGACAGAUUUUCUCAAUCAUUCUGCGUUUCACCAAAAGUAAAUUGUUGUUGGGACGUGUUGCUGUGGCAUACCACUGUGAUUUUUUCCCUAGUGUGUUGUAGCCGUAGCGAUUAGUCAGUCACGAAACACGCUUACGAAUGAUCUUCUUCUUUUUUGUGAACUUUUACCACAGAGAAUUACAAGGUGUAAUAGUGACACUGGACGAAGGAGGUUACCUUCAUUGUGCCUAUCUGGGAACUGAUCCCUCUAUGAUGGUGACACCAGCCCCUGAGGCAAGAGAUAUAAACUAUGAGGUCAGUACAAGAGUGUUUUUUUGUUUUUUUGGUUUUGUUUUUUUUGCGAGUGUCAUCGAAGAUACAAUGUAGAUAGGGCAAUUUUCAAUUGAGUGUCGAAAAUAAUCCGCGAUUGCACUGGCUUUGCUUUACGUCGUUCUGUGAUUGGUCCAGGAAACCUCGCACCAAUCUCUCAGUCAAUCACAUGCAAAACUGAAACCAAUCACGACCUGGUCGCUAGCGUUUUCCAGCGCUUUCCCGCGCUCUAGGCAGUUUAGUUGUGUUUACCCUGGACUCUCAUUGGCUGUUAAAGGCAAAAAAAUUUACCGACUAGCCAUUGCUAUUACUUUGGUUUUGGUUUAACCACAAUCAAUCAAAGAGCGCAUAAUUCAUGAAUCCCGCAGACUUGUAAACCUCUACAAUGAUAUGGUAUUAAAAUAUACGUAUUAGAUUCUAACGAGGUGCAGUUGCACUUAAUUUUGAAAUUCAGGAGGCAGAUGUUGAAAUGAAAGAGUUGCAAAAAGAAAUAAGAGAAUCUACAAUUAGUCCAGGUGAGGAAAGGACCAAUUAUUGCACAGUUGACGGAUGAUUACGUCUGCUUUAAGACUGUGGAGGAUGUUUUGACUUUAUGAUGAGCAUGGGAGAUUCAGGAUGAAAGAGAGGCAGAGUUAAACCCUGGUGGUUGUGUUGUUAUCCUGCAGUGGGAGAUCUAAGGGUAGGGUCCACCGGGGGGAUCCAGACCUCCCCUUUCCCCCCCCCCUCUCCCAUUUUACGUAUUGUCUAAAUCCAAAAUUCUUCCAACGAUGGGAUCGCUUUUUUUUUUCUUUAAUGCACUUAUUUUGAAAAUUUUCAGCUUAUAUGAGCUCUAGUGUACGUUGUGACUUCGAAUCAAAUACUGUAUUUCCCGUCUGGCCUCCACUCAGCCAAUAAGAACACAGUAUUUGCCAGGCUAUCCUAAAUGCAUACAUUUGACUCUUUUUGUAGAAAUUCUUCCCAAAGCACAGCAAAGAGAAGACCUUGUUAUCUCUGUAAAUGUACCAACAAGUUUAGACGCAGUAUCGGUAAGUAAAACACUUACCAUGAGUCGCUCAUCUUUCAUCUGUAGUUUAAGUCUAUAUGUGCUUACAAUUUUGAUGAAAUAGAAUUAAGCAACAGUAGAAAAGAAGCCAGGAAACUUCAGGCUUCAACGGGAGUCGAAUCCAGGCCUCCUAGAUACUAGGUGGACGCUGCUACCAUCUGACAUACGAAGCCUCACUUUGGGAGCGAGGCAAACAAAAGAGGGUUUUUCUCUUCCGUGGAAGAAUCUGAUCACAAUUUAGUCAAAUAAAUUUCAUUUGAUUAGCUGAUGAAAAUCAAGAACAGCAACAUUUGAUCCUCGCAGAUGUGCUGCAAUUUCAGCAAUUGUUUACAUUUGCAAUUGCUUAAUUUAAUAAGCUUAGACCAGCGCAACCUCAUUAUAAACAUGACAUUGAUUUUACAAAUUUCUAUGACCAAAUUCAGUCUGAGUCCUUGUCCAAAUGUUGCCCCUAAGAUGUUAGUUUCAUAAUCUAUGAAUUUAUACGAAAUUACCUUUCAAUCAGUGUAAGUUGGCAUUUUGAGAAUGUGUUUUGUGUAAGAAGUAUCAGAUCAAGCAUAACGCGGUUAGUGACGGUGGAGGGGACAUGAUAUACAAAAAGGGGUGGGGAGGGACAGACACUUGUAAAGACACUCAGCGAUACUACACACCAUAACGUUUAGUAAGAUAUACUUACUGUUCAAUAAACUCGUUUCAAUUUUUUAAUGGACGUGUUUUAAAUCUGUGUUUACAGCAAAGUACAAUAGAUGAGGGCGAUGAGGAGACAUUCCCAUCGAUUACAGUAACGGUAAGUUUUUGACAGAAAGUAGAUAUAAAUAUAUACGUGUAGCUGUACCCUCCCCUUCCCCAAGGGGGAAUGUUACUCCUGGGGGGGGAGGGGAGGGUACGGCCACGCGUAGGUUAGAAUUGUUAGCCAUACAGUACACGCGUUUCUCGGCUCCCGCGGGUUGGUUUAAGACGAGUUGGAGAUAGGUUUGCCAGGAGUCUGGCACUACAAAAUCUGAGUUAAAUUCUAGCCUGCAGUCAAGAUAAUAUAAACAGGUCAGUUUCUCUUGCCAGCGGUAUAUUUGUCUUGUCAUGGUGAGUUAGCGUUACGAACUCGCGAUCGUAUAUCUUGCCGGCCACGUUUGACUGAGAGUUCGAGUAGACGAUGGGGGGAGGGGUGGAGAAAGACUCUAUUGCUUUACACCCUUGCCUCUUCUUCUUUUCUGACCGUCGUAGCUAUAAUUUUCACCGAGAAAAUACUAAGCACUUGCUCGCUAAAAUCACACCGGCAUUACAGGAAUCAUAAAUUCAACAUGAAUUGUCUCUGAAGUUUGUUUUUAUGAAAAUCACCUUCAUCACACAAGGCGACUUAUCGCAGCGACUUGACCGCACAACGAUUUGUCAUCUAGUGUGUACCGACUUGGAACCCGAGUGGGUCAUCCAAUUUUUAUCCUGCUUUCUCAAAGGAGAUGUAUCGUUCGUCACUGUUAACAAGAGCCUGUCUCCUCCUUAGAUCACUCUCAAGUCACAAGCACCAAGUCCCUUAGAAAAUGUAGUUCUUAGUGUCAUAUCCAGUCCCCCCAUUAUGUGUAACAGAUCAUCCAUUGUCUUCCCUAUUAUCGGUGAGUAAAAGUGUCAUUGUUGAUGAACUACGAAUUAAAGAUAAGCUUUUGAUAUUGGACAAUAAUUUCUCAGCAGAAAUUUCUCUAAGUGUGAACUGUUAAAUUUUUCACCGCAAAACAUUAAAAAUCGACAACCGCAGUAUAGAAAUUUCGCAAAAUCAUCAUGCAACGGUAAGUCAGUAGUAUCAUAACUCAGGCGUUCUUGAGGCCUGAUUCUUAAAUUCGGGUUUGUUCGUCUCCAUUCACAAAUUACAAAUUUGAGGCUUAAAAGCGCUUAUGUAAGUGCAGAUAUUUUCCCAAUGUAGGCCUUAAGGUUUUCAAGUUGAAAAGCAGGUGGAAACACAGUGUAAAAGGGAUGGCAUUUUUCUCACCCUUUUCAAAAGCUUCUAACAUGUAUUCCUGGUUGCGAGUUCCACAUGCAGUUACAUACAUAUGAAAACCGUCGGGAGAUUGAACCUACAUUUCAACCAUUACCAGCGCUUGAGUACCCUUAGAUAUUUGUCGAGUUUGACUUCUUAAUUAUUUCUAUGAAGAUACAGCCUUGCUGUAAAGAGUACCAUUAUCAUCGCAUUGUUUCUUUCUGUCGUUGUUUAUUCUCAGGAGAUAGAAGUGAACCCGUAUCUGCAGAGAUCUCUUUCUAUUCACGUGGAGGAUCUAUUCCUUGUUCGUUAAAAGCCCAGGUCACGGCAACGUACGUUACAAACUCUGGUGAGUUCACUUGCAUCCCGUUCUCAUAAGAUUGAACUUAAACACAAGGACUCAGGGAGAUUAAACGACAACAACAACAACAACAACAACAUUGUUUUGGGAGGUAAAGGAUCAAUGGAAUAAGUAAGGGAUGCAUUUUCCAAAUAUUCAUCAGAAUGUGUGAGUUCUUAAACCUUUUUGCGGCUUAUCGUGGCUUCUGUCAAAAUUUAGUUACAGCAGGGGGAUUGCUAGUCAUUUUGGUGUUGGAGAUAGAUGUUCCUUACUUUGAGGACUUCGAGAGACGAGUGUAACCCGUAACUGAAUUUAGGAUCGAUAAAAAUAAUGAGCAAUCAAAAAGAGCGCGGUUUACAGAAAUCUACAUUGCACAUGUAAACUUGUUCUCACCUCAGUUUUUGUGUUCAUAGAGGCUCCACGGGUCGCCCAAACAGACAUUCAUUUCCCAUUAGCUGUUGUCUGUAAAGGAUGUCCGCCUGUGAAAAAUGCAACUCAUAAGGUAAGGAUUAAGGACGAAAUUAUGACACACUCUAUGGGGGCAAAAGAAAGAUAAAUAUGAAAUUCUAUACUCUGAAUUCAAAACCUCGAACGGACGGGAAGUCUUGUAUUUCCGUGAUUUACAACUUUGUGUGCCCCACAAAUGAGGUCUGACGCUGUUCGUGUCCACCCUAAAUUCUUAAGAUCGGAAGUUAUUUCUUUAACCCUUUAACCUGUAAGAGUGACCCAGGGUUUUCAUUUGAGGCCGGAGGCCGGACGUUUCGUCCGGUCGUUUGCCAUUCCACGUCCGGUACUUUGAGAUCAAUAUUGGCGAUUUUUUUUUACUACGGCGCUCGCGAGGCGCCUUACGGCGCCAAGAAAACAUUCACGUCCGGUGCUUUCAGAAGUAUGUCCGCUACUUUACAAAACAGUUGAAAACCCUGGUGACCAGCUUCUAAUUUCUCCUUACAAUAUCAACCCUGAAUCGAACAAAGUGAUAAGAUUUAAGGAAAUGAUCACCAACUUAUAAAGCUCCUAAUUUUUAAACAAAUUCUCCUUGCCAGGGCUUCAGGAAAUGUAUAGAGAACAGUAGAAUAUGCAUACUGAUGUUAGGGUGUACAGGGUUAAUGGUUAGGGAGAGAUAACCAGGUAUUUUAAACGUUAACACAGGAAUGUUAGUAAUAUCAACAAAACUAACAACAGUCAAAGGAACAAAAGUUUUCGGUCAAAAUUGAAUUAUUUUUUUUCUCUAUGCCUUAGCUUACUUUAGAUACCAACAAACCUCCUGUGAAUCUUGCUGAAAUAUUUCCGGGUAAGUCAUUGGUUGCUGUGUUAUCAGUUGCUCUGUGGGAUAUUUCGGGAUGAUUUUUAAAGCUAUCAGGCCAGUUAUUUGAAAAGCAGUUAACGCAGAUGGUGCAUCACUGAACAACCAAAAUAUCGAGUUCCAAAUUGUAAACGCUACUUGGCAAAGAAUACAAAUAUUGUUGAUAGUAUGGCAUACAAUGUCGACAAACAACUGAAGAACAAACAAACAAAAUAAUGAUAGGAAAACCAACCAAAAAGCGAUACUCCUCGGGCAAAUUGCUUAACCGAUGUUUUUGUCGGCGUUACGCAACGAUUCCGUGGUCGUUUCUUGCUUUUUGCGAGGUAGAUGUCACAUAAACAACAAUAUAUUAUAUUUGACAUGAUUGGAGAACACCAAAAUGAAACAAACAAAGCAUAAAAACAAACAAACAAACAUACAAGGAUGGAGACGAUUACAACGGAUUACAAAUGGAGAAAUUCGAAACUUUUGGUCCACUUUCGUUUCGAGUUCCACGAACUGCAACUUAACUCCUUGACUGUCCGUAUCGUUUUCUUUUUGUAGAUAUGGUAAACGAUGCUGUAAUUCCGAUGGCAGCAGUUGGCAUAAAGUACUUUGGUGGACCGCUUGUUACAAUCCUCGCUUCAAAAACAUCACGUAUGUACAAUAGCGAUAUACACGAGAUUGCAAAAUUGUUGACACCUAAAUCCCGUUACAAAUGAACGAUGAGACCCAACGGCUUUAUGGGUACACAUGUACGUGAUAACUUCUUUUAGUUGAACGCGGCAAAUGAUAGAGGCCAUUUUCACUUUCCUGAAAGAAAAAAAAUAUCAUAGACAAAAAUUCCUCAUAAAGGAUAGAAAAAGUAGAGCACUGACUUUGUACUGCGCAGACACUUCCCGUAAAGCCGUUGGGUCUCUGCUCAUCGUUCAUAGAUCACGCCUUUAGUUGCCAACGAUUUUGCAAUCGAGUGCAAGUCAGGUUUGAAUUAUUUCUACCUCCAACUCAUCAUUUCACCUCUUGUUUCCCUUGUCACGGUAUUGUGAUUUACUACGUGAAGUGAAAAGAGCCGUGUCUUUUCUUUGUAGAAAGAUACAGAAUCCAGUGUGACGUGUUUCAGGGAAUGUGGCUUGUUCUACAUGAGGUUUGCAAGCGUUUAGAGGCGCACUUCAAAAAGAAUAAGGUAACACCAACAAGACAUUACAAAAAGAUUUCACAUCUUAAUUUUCUUCUUUCAUAGCCGGAUGGUAACCUCAUGAGGUUAAGGAGGGGGGGUGCACAUUUAUCGUUCCCUCUGUCUAUCCUUUUUUGGCUACAGCUUUGCAACUUUUGGUUUCUGUAGUGAUCUCGACGUUGGGCAAAGAUUUUCAAUAAAAGAGUUGUUUGUGUUUAUAAUUUCUAUCAUGUGAUCUCUUUGUAGGACGCCGUUCAAUUUCGUGCAUCAUUCAUGGGCCCGUUGCCUUUACAGGAAUAUUACGAACUGAUAGAUGCUCAUUUUGAGGUAAGUGCCACUCUCAUUUGUCGCAGGCUUUAUCGUGUAAUGUGCUUUUUACCAAGAGAUUAUAAACGCUUUGUUAUCUCUUGUUUCUGACUAUUGGUUAUAUAUUUCUGUCACUCAAUACUUCUUCAAACCGUUCUAUGAAGGUGGGUUUGAGUCAGCCGUGGCAAUUUAAAAGACAUCCGCCCUGACGAAGGGCUAACACUCGAAAGUUCAGUUUCAGAAAUUCUUUACUAUGGCCAAUUUACAUGAUAUUACUUAUCAGCGAGGAAGCAACGCAAAUGUAACGUCAUAUAAGUUUGCAUCAUCCAAGAGAUUAUCCAGUUUAUAAUCUCUUGCUUCAUCUGAUUCACAGCAACGCUGUAACCAAACGAAGUACCGCGAGUUGCUAUCACAGCGGGCUCAACAGUUUCGAGCAAUUCAAAGAAGAUUGUUAACAAGGUUCAAAGACAAGACCCCGGCACCACUUGCGAACCUCGACACUCUUCUUGAUGGGACUUACAGACAGGUACGUAGAAUAAAGAUUGACACUGGAAGGUGUUGAUGAAAGUAUAAGUUGUUUUUAUUUUACUUAAAAAGUUAGUAUGUUACGAGUAUGAGUGCGAAUUUAUCGAAUAGGAGGCGUUAUAUUAAGGAGGAAAUCUUACAGCCUUCAUAAAUUUUCUCAUUUUUCUUUUGGUAUUGUACGAAAAAGCUAAUCGGAAUGUUUGCCCAAUUAAAAUAACGAAUGAACAGGACGUAACUAGCUUUGAUUAUUAGGUCAACUUUGUUUUUCUCACACAAAAACAUUAAGCCUUUAUGUGUGCGGUAUUUCUCUAGGAUCUUAUGUUCAAUUGGUGUAUUCCUGAUUUUAAUGGUUGAAACUGGGACAUUUCAACUUUCUUGAUGGUUCUUUUUGUACCGAGGAAAAUUUCAAGAGAUUUAUAGGAUUGUUUGUUUCGUGUAACUUACCAUCAGUUAGAAUUGAACGUAAGGUUACAUUUCUGCUCUAAACGUCAAUCAGCUGACAUGCAUUCUGGUAGAAAGCCAUUUAAAGUAUAAAAUUAUCUUCCUAGCUCCUCGCGCUUGGAGAGGCCGAUGAGGAGUGCGAACGAGCCAUAGAAGCAGCUUCAUAUAAUCUAUCAUGCGGAACACGACUUAUUAAUUUCCUUAUCAAGUAAGUGACGGCCCUCUUGUCAAUAAUAGAGCACUUGCGAUUGCGUGUCGUAGAAUAAAAACUAAAGUAAUCCCGACAGCCAAUCAGAAGAUAGGAGAAUAUUACAACAAACCGGUGAAAACACAGACAAAAGACUAGAAAACUGCAUAUGACGCAAGAGUUCACGAGUGACCAAGUUUUGCGUUGUACUUUUGCAUCUAAUUGGAUUUGAAGGUGGCGCAAGUUUUCUGGACCAAUCAUACAGUGACGCGAAGAAAAAAAAGAAGGCAGCCCCUUAAUACCUCUGACGCUCACUUGAAAGUUGCUCUUUACGACACAAGAGAAUGUGUAAGAAAACGUAAAGAAUUUUUCUCGAGCGGGGUAAAAAGAAACAUUCCACUUCGCGUUAGCGAGUUGAAUUUUUCGCUCUUGGAUGUGGUCAUGAACGAUGUGUUUUAGGCAAGGUUUGUGUUCUUUGCGUGACAUUCCGUAUGAGGAUCGAACGCAACUUUAUGCCAUGUUACGCCAUGCUGGCAUCAUAUGUCACGCCAUAUAGGAAUUUGUUCACGUCAUCUGUUUUCAUCUCUUUUAAUUACUCCACAGGCUUUGGACCAACAUGUCAGAUAAAGAUUUUGAGGUUCUUCAGACUGCGCUUUCUCCCGAAGUAUCUGAAUCACGGGAACAGGUAUUUUAAAAUCGUAUUUUUUUAAAUUUUAUUAUUAUUUUUUUAAUUAUUAUUUGUUCUUUAUUUUGUCAUUUUUUAAUUAUGAUACAUUGGUAGAAAUAACAGAGGAAUUACAUUUACAUUAAUAUGAUAUGCCUGAAGAUUUAGCAAGGAGCGAGGAAACCCGUAGGGAAACCAAGAGGCUUAUGCUCCUAAUAUUUGACAAAAGUGACGUAUCAGUUUCAUGGCGUGAUUUAAGUACAAAAUAUUUUAGGUUAAAAAAAGAAAAGCCACACACACAUAAAGGAACAACAACAAAAAACAAAUUUUUGUCGCGAACAUUGUGGUUUUCCCUCUCUGGCAAUUUUUAAAUCACUCGUCUUCUUUGCAUCCGUAGUUUGAAAUGUCAGGUGACAUCCUAAAAAAAAAAAGAACAAGAAAAUGAAAAAGGGAACUGAAAAGAUAAGCUUUGAUAAUUUUAUAGCAUUCAUAAUUCUCGCAAACUUUUUGAUAAUUAUGUGUGAUCAACGGAGUUGUUAAAAACAAAUCAAAACCAAUACAACAAAGCAGACACAAACUAAAAGCAAAAAGUAAGUGGAUAAAACGAACGUAAAAAGCGACUACUGCCAAUUUCAAGUCGUGUAUAUGGUUUCCAUUAAACAAAUGGAUGCCAUGUUUCCGUACGUCUAUUUAGUAAUAGGUCACAGAUGACGUUAAAAUCUGGUAAGACCGAAAAUUUAGCACACUAGGCGCAGCUGUGUGUGUCGCUGAUGUUCUUACCACAUUUUGACUUUUUUUGCGAUCUUUUAUGGUCUCGAGCCACCGCAACAUGGAAUCAAUUUGUUUUCAAUAAUAAAAAAGAAAAGGUUGUUAAUGGUGACGUCAUCUAUGCGUCUGCCCUCCAAAGCAUCAUGGGUAAGAACCACUCAAAACGCGUGUUUAGGUCAGCUUAUCAUGAAAUAUCAGCUAAUUUUCCAGGAGUCGUCCUUGCUUCGGGGAUUCAUUUCUCCUCCUCCCUCCAGUUCAUUUUCAAUUCGUUUCGGUGAACGUAAACUGUGUCACUAGUACUCUUUCUUGUAACGGUGGUAAACAAGUUACAUCUGUAAUUUGCUGUUUCAGAUUGUUGAAAUACAUCGCUUAUGUAGUUCUGUGUCUUUCCUUGUGUUCAGGGCUGGGAGGAAAUUACAGAUGCUGCAAUUACGCACCUAUUGCGGACCUGUUUGGCAAAAAGUGCAAAGGAUCAGGCUGGUUAGUGCCGCCGUUUAAUUUUAAAUUGUCUCUGAUUUAAUGAGUCUGAACGUUGAAAUAAUUUUUUGGAAAAAAAAAAAAGAGGUUUGGAAUUUUUUGGAAAAAACUUGCACCAAACGUGUGUCCAAAUCUCGCUCAGUGUUCUUUGACUCUGCCUACAGUUGGUGUUUCAGCCAUGAAGAUUCCUAAAGAUACAAGCAAGCUAAAGAAACACAUUGCACUGAUGUGUGACAGGCUCAAUAAGGGCGGCAAGCUGGAUUUAUCUCUAUCAUCGCAAACGGGCGAACCCCUUGUACAGCAGCAACAACAGAAAGCGGUCACACCGCUAGAACCGCUUAGCGAAAUGCAGGAGGAAGAAGAUGAGACAGGUAUAAAACGCAACAGAUGAGAUUUUCAUUUCUUUUCACAAUUUUAAUUCACUUUCUAACGAACAGAUAGUGAGUACAUCGUAUAAUGGAAAUGAUCUCAAAAUAACGGCGGGUUCGAGUCAAUUGUUCCACGCCUUACCUUUUUGCAACGGAGGUUGAACUUAUGGCUUUACUGGGUAAAAAAAAAUUGUUUGUCUUCCUAUUUGAUAGACCUACGCGCAUGUUGGCGGGCCCACUAGGGGCCAAGCACAAGCGAUAUCCCGAGCAGUAGUCAGUUUAUCCCACGCAACCUGGGGUAAAGCUUUAGCCUCGUGUGCCUCUGGGCUCGAUACCAGACUUACUGACGAUUAUUUGCUUUGUUUCCAGAUGGUUCAUCCGCAUCCUCCACGUUAGACAGCGACCGUUCGUCUGAGAUCUCCGACACGGAGUCUGUGUCGAGUGGCGGAAAGGUGCCACCUCGAUUACCGCAACUCAAUCACUCACGGAAACCUCCGCCAGAUUUGAACAAGAGACUACUGGUUACUCCUGGAUCUGAUGAAGAAAGUAUGGUGUUGAAAGGAAUUGGUGCUGCGUCCUUGGCGAAUGGUUUACCUGAAGAUCACGAAAGAGCAUUGUAGCGCAAUCACUGGCCUCUGAUGGUCACACAACGCAUGUUGGUCACUCCAGUCAUUGUCACAGCAAGUCCGCUCCAACAACAUGUCACACCAACAUGUAUGAUACACACGUGGCAAAACACUCUUUGUACAGUCUCCUUGAGUUUGUCACGCAAAAUUAAACAAGAAGCAAUCUAAUGUGGGUGCUUCCUUUAAGUAUUUAAAGAUUUGAUGUACAACCAUUCCGAAUAAUUUUACGUUCAGAAUUACAUGUUUUUAAAGUACAACGUACCCUUUAUCGUGGGAAAACAUCUUUUUGAUAUCCCGUGACUUACCAUUUUUUUUUCUUGAUCUCAUUCGUAUAUGGCCUGCUUAGCAGGUAGGGCUCAAUUUAUCCAGGGGCGAGUGGUGAUGAUGAUGUAAGCUGAGCGUACGCAGCGAAAGUUGAUUCCCAUCAAUAACUGAUUUUUCUUUAGAUAAGCUCAGUAUUUGAUGGUAAUGUAAUGUUUCUGUUAACAAACAAGUAAAAGAUCACGAUGUAUUACUAUCCUAGUCCAAAGAAGCAGGAGAAAAUGAACGGACAACGGUAAAAUCUCCUGAUCUAGGCACUAGGAUGAAUAAUUUUUUAUAGAUAGUCCCUUGAAUGGACACUUGGUGUACCGCAUGAAGUCUUGACCCGACGGCAAAAAAAGGGACGAUUAUUUUAAACAAUGGAAAAGACAUUGGAAAGGAAGAGAAAUGAUCUUUUUUAGGGAAGAAUUCAAGCGUUCUAUUUGAGAUAGCAAGCAAGUAGAUUUACACUUGACCUAAUGUAUCUUUAAUGGAGUGGACACAUCCCAGGUAACGCCCUAAUUGUUCUCUGUGCCCUCAUUCCUCGUUUUUUCUUGCGUAAAGUUAUUUAAUGUAAAGCUUAGACUCCGAAUGGAGGAGUGUACAAUAUUGUAUAUGGACUGAAGAAUCAGUGAUCUGUAAUUUAAAGUUGUAGAAUGUUGUAAAAUAAGACUCAGACAGGAGAGCUCGUCAGAAUACCACAACUAUCAUCCUGCUACUUUGUAACUUAAGCAAGAAGACAAAAUUCUCAUAUUCAGCCGUUAAGAAUUCUUAUGUGGACUGUGUCAUAGUGGAUUAGACCACCAUGUUUGAUUUAGCCAUUAUUCGCCCCGAGAGUUGAGGUUGAUGAGCAAUUUUGCGUCCAAAUUAAAAAUAAAAGAUUACGAGC